AUGAAAUUAGAGAUGGAAGAACUUGACCAUUUUCAGGUGUGUCAGGUGGUUUCUGAGAAAGAGGCCGUGCGCUUAGUGCGUGAAGCGAAGAGGCGAGUUCUGAGCACUCGCUGGGUUCUUCACUACAAGGUUGUCGCCGGGGACAUCAGCGUGGCCUUUAUGCAAGCGCGGUUGUUUUCGACUGAGGUUACAGCAGACAGCACCGUCUACAGGAAAGUGAUCCGUGAGAAAGGGGUCGAUGCCAUCGUGUUGGUGUUAGCCUAUGUCGAUGACAUUUUGGUGUUUAGUACGGUUGCUACUGUUGCUGAGAAGGUUUUCGCUGACUUGAGCAAGGUGUUUAAAAUGAAGAGAACUGGGACUUUGGAGCCCAAGACAAAGUCAGUGAUCUCCUUUCUGGGGAGAAACAUCUACCAAAAGAGCGAUGGUAGCUUGUUUUUCGGCUUGAAACCUGGGAUGCUCAAGGCGUGCGCCGAUGAGUAUCAGAUUUCGAAAGCGGCGAAGCUUCCGAAACUUGAGAGGUUAUGGACCUCUCUGGAGGGUAAAGCCGUAGCCAUAUCCCAUGAAGCGUACCAGCGGUACCGCCGGGUGUUGGGCAAGUUGUCUUGGAUGGCCUUGACGCGGCCAGACUUGCAGUUUGCUGUAGGUAUCAUCAGCUGGCAGAUGAACCUCAUCAAGAGCUUCUCGAGGAAACAGUCAGUUGUGGCGCUUUCCAGCGCCGAAGCAGAGCUUUCAGCUCUG